GGGGUCAUGUGGGCGGGGCGGUGAGGCGGGCGGACGGGCGGGCAGACAGACAGCGGCCCAUGUGGAGCGGGCGCGGGAGGAGGAGGAGGCUGAGCCGCCGAGGUAGGAGGAGGCCGGAGCCGCACCCGUACCGCCGGGCCCUGCACGAAGCCAGCGUGGACGCCGGCGGCGCCCAGGCCGCGGCGGCGCCAUGAAGGGUAGCCGGAUCGAGCUGGGAGAUGUGACGCCACACAACAUUAAGCAGCUGAAGAGGCUAAACCAGGUCAUUUUUCCUGUCAGCUACAAUGACAAGUUCUACAAGGAUGUACUGGAGGUUGGCGAACUAGCCAAAUUAGCCUAUUUCAAUGAUAUUGCAGUGGGAGCAGUGUGCUGUAGGGUGGAUCACUCCCAGAACCAGAAGAGACUGUACAUCAUGACACUCGGAUGCCUAGCACCCUACCGAAGGCUAGGAAUAGGAACUAAAAUGUUGAAUCAUGUCUUAAACAUCUGUGAAAAAGAUGGCACUUUUGACAACAUCUAUCUGCAUGUCCAGAUCAGCAAUGAGUCUGCAAUUGACUUCUACAGAAAGUUUGGCUUUGAGAUCAUUGAGACGAAGAAAAACUACUACAAGAGGAUAGAGCCCGCAGAUGCUCACGUGCUGCAGAAAAACCUCAAAGCCCCUUGUCUUGGCCAGAACGCAGAUGUGCAAAAGACCGACAACUGAACAAAACCCCAACGAACACUUUCUUGCACUUGCUUGUCGCCAAAUAAGGAAAGAGAGGCCUCUUGAUUUUUUUCUUUUUGUUUUUCUUGUUUUUUACUCAGCCCCCUCAUCCUUUUCUUUUUUUUCUCUUGACCUCUCUCCAACAAAAUGUAAUGCUUCUUCCAAGGAUUCUCCAAUCAUGUUUGGGGUUAUUUGUUUGGGUUGGUUUGUUGUUUUGGGUUUUUUUUGAGCUCUCCUUUCUGUGUUUUUUUUUUUGUUUGUUUGUUUUAGGUUUUUUUGGGGGGGAUUUAUUUCUUUCUGGGGGUGGGAAAAGGUGUGCAGAUCUCUUAAGUUUGAGGUGUGGAGGGCUUGAGCAGGUUAUCCUGAUGACAAGUUUCCUUCAGAAUUAUCUCUUUCAGUAAGCAGAAUGUAAAUCCAAUGGGGGGGAAAGGAAAAGCAAUAUCUUGUCCUUUGACUCCUACAUUAUUGUGUUUUUUAUAACCUACAGGGUACUUUACUCCCCCCCAACCUUUGAAUGUUACUUAAGUACUUGCCAUCCUUCCUUUUAUUUCCCCCCACCUCAAAAAAGUAUGUUUAGUUCUUCCCAAUAUUUUUUGAGUAUGGCUUUUUCCUUCAUCUUUUGCUGAGAAGGGUGGGCUACUUCACCGUAUCUUUUCACUCUGCCUGGCCUGAUCUUUUUAAAUGCUUUUUUUAAGUAGUCCUCACCCAAGCUGGUGCUACACUUCUUAACUGACCGCGAAGAGGGUUUAGAGUGGUCUUGGUUUUCUGUUUUGUUUUUCCUCAUUUACCCAACUCCCAGCAGAUUCUGCCAGAGUGAGCUCUUCCACACAACUGCAGGUGUUGGCAAGAGUAACCUUGUAAAAAUAUGAAUCCUGAGGCAAGAGCCUUGCUUUAGCAAUGGGUGAGAUGCUGUAGGAUUCAUGGAGAGUUAGUUUUAUCUCUGUUGUUGGGAUGGGAAAAGGGACUGUGACCACCUUUCCAGCUUUGAUCAUAUAAGGCAAGCACCCAUCUCCAGAUAAAUCUGCUACAGCUCCUAAAUCUAUAGUGACAAAUCUGAUAUGAGGCAAGUUUUGAGGGAAUUCGGCAGCAAGGCUGAGAAGGCGAACAUGAAUCUGACCCUAAUCACAUAGCUUUGCAGGAGUCUUCUGGAUUUGCUUGGGAUUGGCUUGGCUUGCUGCGUUUGUGCUCCUUCAGGAAGAGGUGGUUAAGAACUGCACGGUUUGCUCCUUUGAAGAUUCUUUUCACCUUUCCCCCUGUUCAGUUGUAAUAAUGCAGUUCUCCUGUCAGGAGAGGGUAUUCCUAGAGCACCAGAGAAAGCAGCAUAUAUUAGAGAAUUUUAUGGGUUUGGAAAAUAGGCUGACUGGCUUCUUCCUAGUACUAUAACCUCAAAGCUACAGUAAACUCUACUAAGCUCUGUGUUGCAUCCUUUCAGGCUUUGUUUGUGUGAAUAUCAGUGCUCCUUUCUAUGCACUGUUGCCAGUGAUUUUAUGUAUGCCAAUACAAAUACCAUCUUGAGCUUGGACUCUUCUCCAAGCACCUGGGAAAGUGCACUGAGCUGAGACAACACCAACCUGUCCCAUCCCCCAAGUCAAUAAAGGAACUGCAAGUCAAAAAGGGAACUGCAUCCCUUUACUGUUUGUUUUUUAAAGUUUAUAUCUGCAUCUGAAUUUAUCCGCUUUGAAAGCCUCCAACCUAUAGUGUGCAUUGCAGCAAGCAGCUGGUUUGUAGGUGCUGUCCAGUCAUUCAAAGGCGACUUGGGAACCAAGGAUUUCAAGAUGGGAAUUGCGCUGAGGCAAGGGACUGCACCAUUCAUUGCACAUUAUGUGGUCUUUGAUUCCCGAGGGGUGACUAUACAAGCUGCUUCAGAAUUAGUCCUUCUUUCCCAGAGGUGUGGAGUGCAUCUUGACAUACCUAUGCUGGAAAACAGUUACUCUAUUUGCUGGGUUUGCACUAAUUGAGUCUUGGGAAUGGGUGGAUCUCUAACAACAAGAGCCCUUCUGCAUGGCCUGAGCACCUGUGUUGGCAGCACUUGGUGGCAGACUCUGGCUAGAAAGAUGCAAAUGGCUUCCUUGGCCAGAGGCAGCCUGGUUUUGACAAAAGCUUAUUUUUAGUACUGCUAGGACCUGCUUGCUCUGGUUAUGUUGGCAGUUCCAGCAUCUUUUUAGAAGGGGAUGUAUUGAAGCACAAUUAACUUGUCCUAUGCCAACAUAGUUUCCCUGGCCAUCUGUAGACCAAACCAAGAAAAGUAUGUGGAGGGAGAGAGAUAGUAUUGUAUUUGAGGAUGUUUGUGCAGCACAGCUGGAACUCAGACCAUAGCUGCCUCUGGUGCCAAGCAAAGUGCUCUUCAUUCUUCUAGAAAUAAGUGGUAAGUGUUUGGGUUGUGUAGAUGGGUGUUGGGUUAUGAACUCUUAGGAUUUGCUGUUGUUGUAGGCUUCCACAAAUCAGUGUGUUUCACAGACAGUUUUCCUUCAGGUUUAAAAGUACGAGUCUGAUGUCUGAACUUACUUGGAUUAAUCUUUGUUUCUGUCUUUUUUUGCUUUGGGCUGCCAUCAUUCUAUGAAUGUAUCCCUGAAAACAAUUCUUAAAGCUCCUAUUACCCAGCAAGCCUGCCUUAUUAUAAUUUCUGAUAAAAUGUUUUGUAGGAGGUGGAAGUGAGAGCAACCACAAAUAUAAGACUCCUUUUCCCAGGCUAUUAAUCUUGGAAAAUGGUUUUUGUAUGUGGAUCACAAGGUUCAAUCUAAAUCUCAAUAGAAAGCUGUGUUCCCUGUACAUGGAUAAGGGCGAGUAAAGGUCAGUAGUUCUGAAUGACAAACAGUUGUGUUUUAUUUAGUGUAUCAGCCAUGUGGAGUGUGGGAAGAGAAUGCUUUAUCUUAGUGCUGUUACCCAGAGACGCUGAAAUUGUGUGAAGUAUGGGCUUACUGCAGAGAAUUUCAGUUACUUUGUGCUGCAGAACCUCCUUUUUGCUUGAAACAGCAGCGGAUGAACAAUUAGAUUUUUUAAAAGCUGGGAGUUUCAGUGGAAAACACCAAACCACCAGCACGUCCUGUUGUGGACGAAGCUCUAGCAUGAAAAAUGUGUGCGACUAACAGCUUUAGAGUGUAAAUUGUGUAUAUAUGAGUUAUUCCUGAAUCUCUGCAACUGGUUUUGUCAUACAUCGGUUGAAGUAUGAAGAUAUUGCCUACAGAAAGACUCCUACUUGAGGAAACCAUGGUACAGAGGAAGAAGAAUCAUCCAGGAGAGGUAUUCCUUGUUUUUGGGAGGGGAAAGGGAGAGAUUUUAUUUUGUGUAUACAGAAACUGGCUGAGUUUGUGAUGCAGCUAAUGGUUAAACCUGCCAACUAAAUAUGACAUACUGUUACAAUUAAAACAAACUUAUGUGAUGUUUUGUUAAAUCUUGAUGGUGCCCUGUGUCUAGUAACAAUUUGAUCCUCCAAAUUGUUUUAUUCUCCCCCGUGUUGUAAUCCAGGGUCAGCUGCUAUGCACAAAGUCUGUGUUUUGUAAAGUGUUUGCUGACUUGGAUGUUUCUUUUGAAUCUGCAACUGCUUCCUGAUUAAUUUGGCGAAGACCACCCAUGGUCACUUGAGUUAAGAUUUAGUCAAAGGUAUGCUGUAUGCAGUUUACAGAUGCAUUUUUGAUGUUACAGGUUAAGUUGCAGGGGGAGCAAAUUCUUUACAAUAAGAUGGUCCAUUUUGAAUCUAUAUCAUUGCCCUUGUUGUACAUCAGGAGCAUGUUUUUGUUUUUCUCAAACUCUUUAGAAAUACCGUUCAGAAUAAACGUGCACUAUUUGAGUUAUGUCAAUUAUGACUUGUCUUGUGCAUUCUUUUUGCAGUCCAGCCGUUUCCCUCUGAUACGAGGUAGAAAACAUUCCUCAGAUGCUUCAUAAACAGUGUAACUCUCAAGAUUUCUAAUCUGAAUUGUGAAUUAGGCUGCUGUGAUGAAUGGCAUGGGUGUCUGACAGCCGAGGAGAGUGGGGUCUGUUUGGUUUUUUUCCCUGAAGUUAUGAGCCUUUUCUCAGAAUUACUCUGCCUGGUAUGUUGGGAGGGAUGAGAGGCAGAGGAACUAUCCUGGAAUGCUUCUGCACUGACUAGUGAGCAGUCUUGAAACAAACAGAUGAGGCAUCAAGAACUCUGUUUUGGACAUUAUAGGC